CCUGAAUUUAUGGUCUGCGUAUGGUUACACCAAGGGCCCGUUACGCUGAAGAGUCUCUCUCUACGCACCACCUCCCUACCUAGUACCUACCUACCCUACCUAGGUGCAUACAUAUUAUAGUACUAUGCUAAGGUUACUUUCUUCCGAUCCGCAUUUCAUGCAUGACGUCCGUCUAAGGACCCAUACUAGGAGAUCAAGGCCAGAUCUUCGACAUAGAAAAGGGACAGGGGGUCUCAUAGCGAUACCGAGUAUUUAGCGCUCCUUUCUAUUAUGUACUUCAGAUGCGGUAGUUGCUAGGUACAUACGUGUAGUUAAAGUGUCAGGGGGGUAGAAAAGUGGUCAUUGGUAACAUAGUAUUAGUUAGUUACUACUGCGUUUCUUUCUUGAAGAAUUCGGAUGUAUGUACGCUAGGGAGUAUGUUGUCGGAAGAAAGGUUUUUUUUUUUUCAGGAAAAAAAAAAAGAUUGUUAAAAUUUUUGACAUGCCUAAAAAUAUCAUUGUGAGAUGUGAUGACUUCAACUUCAUGUGUCUUAGCUGCAUUGCAUCGAAAGCUGUUGUUAAUUUAAAUAAUUCGGUGAUGCAGAUGGAUAUGUUUUCCUCCUCUUUGCAUACACCAACACGAGCUUCCCCCAUUCCACAAAUAGUAUAUGUAGGUACAUACCUAUUCAAUAUAUUAUAUGCCUAUACAUACAUACCUAGUAGGUACCUAAUAAGUAACUACUACAUGUAGUAGUAGUUCGUUCUACUUUGGUAGACAAUGUACCCAAGUAUAGGAAUGAAGCACGCGAGAGCUAACUACCACGUUGUUGUCUCGGAUAGGAAAUGAAGAAAAAACGGCCUACCAAGCCGAAGUCGAUCCUCCGAGACAAUCUCGAUCUGCCUGUCUCGUACGAGAUUAAUUGAGAUUUCGAAUCCAACCCUCUCCGUUCGCCUUCUGUCGUCAUCGUGAUCAUCGUUGCCCACGCAUUCUGUUUUGUUGGAGAGAAAGUUGGGGAAAUUUUUACGAUAUCUCACCUACAGGAGGGCCUUUCGUACAGGUAGGUAGGUAGGUAGGUAGGUAGGUAGGUUGGUUGUUUAAG